UCGUCGUUCGAUCUAUUAUUAAGGCGUCUAAGUCCAACUCAUGAUCUUUUGAUCCGAGUAGAAGUUGUCCUAGUCGUCCUAGUGGUAGCAUAUUUUUAGCAUUGUUCUCUUCGACGAAGGUGGAAUCAUGGUACUGAUAGAUGUAGAAGUACAGUCGUUUUAUCGUCUCUUCCUCGUUCUGGAGUAACAUUCUGGGUAAUCUUCAUACACGACGAGGACAAGAACCUGUGCUCCACUUUUGCAUGCAUGCUACAAAUUAUGCAUUGGUAUUACUUCCUCUAACUCACAUUGGGAGUCUCGUGCUUUGUUGCUCAGCCGCGACCACCCUCUGAUCACUGCAUUACUGGAAGCGAAUUUCGAACCGUGGGGAGGGCAGAGGAGAACUUCUACAGAAGAAGUUUUUCCAGCUCUACCACAUCACACAGCUAGCGACAGCCGAGAGUCUGGUCCGCCACCUCAGAUUGAAGCUAGAACGAGUCCCCUUGACUAUAGUAGUUGUCAAACACAAGCGACAGUGGAGGACAGGGAGAAGGCGAAGGAGGAGGAAGUGAGAACUUCUGAAAAUUAUAGUACUAAAAAUAGUUGUAGUACUGGAUCUACUAGAACCAUUUACAGCACGUCCUCUACCCCCUCUUCAUUUUGGACAAGAAUCAUCAAAGACAAAGUUGAUUAUGCGACCAUUCCUGUGCGUCGACGCUUUCGUGAUCUUUUUUCGAGCAGAGGUCAACAUGAGCAGCAGUCUCUUGAACAAGGGACGACGACAGCACGAAAUCUAAAUGACGAGGAGAAGGAGAAG